CUACAGACUGUUUGGGUUAUAAACAACAGCUGUUCUGUGGUUUGCAAAGGAACUGAAACUUUGCUCUCAUGGCUUUGUUUGCAUUAUUUCUACCUCUCCUCAUCUUUUCUCUGACUUCUGCAUCUAAAGAUCAGCGAGAGAUAAACGUGACGCCUGGAGAUGACGUCACUCUUCCCUGUCAGAGUCCCAACGAUAAAGCCAUCACACUGUUAGAGUGGAGCAGACCUGAGCUGAAAGAAGAUGGUUACGUCUUCUUCUACCGUAACGACCGCUCAUACGAAAGCUACCAGCAUACAACAGUUCUAGGUCGAGUACAGCUUAGAGACGCGUCCAUGAAGGAUGGAGACCUUUCUGUGAUUCUGCAGAAAGUCAACAUAAACGACACCGGAAAAUACGAGUGUCGAAUUAUAAACAGCAACACAGAAGGCAGAGAGAGAGACUACACUGAGACCAAGCACGUCAUCCAUCUGAACGUCACUGACCCAGGUCACACAGAUAGAAACACCUUGGCUGAAGGAGAAAAGGAUGAAGGAAAGAAGGAUGAAGGAAAGAAGGAUGAAGGAAAGAAGGGUGGAUAUGAUGGGACGGUAGUUGCUCUGUCGGUUACUGGUGUGCUUCUUCUUGUUCUCGGUGUAGCUGCUUUUAUGUUCUUUAGAAGACGUAACGUAGCUGUGAAGCAGAAUUCAUACCAGCCUCCUCCUAAGAUGAGUGAGCCGGGUUUCACACACUAACUGUGGGAGCUACAGCACGGCUAACAGCAGCUCUAUAAGCUAUAAACUAUACCGUUUAUCAAGUACUUACCAUUAUUCUUUAUAUUUUAUGCUCACUGCAGCCAAUCAGCUUUUGUCACUGCUGCUUUUAUUAUUUCCCUGGCAAAAUCAUAUUGUGUUUUCACAGGUCAAAAAAUAAAUCUGAUCUAACUGAGAACUUUAUCAUUUUAAAACACGGCAGUCAGCAGAAAAUUAGAGCAAAAUUAUAUUAAAUAUAUGAUGAAAUACUUUUAUGUCUCAAGCAUUUGCACUUUUAGCUUUUUGUUUGGGAGGGUUAUAAUGUUAUAUAUUAUAUUGAUAUAAAAUAACCUUAUUAAAUAACAAAAUGUGACCAAUUAAUGAAUAAGAUAUAAAAUAUAUACAUUUAUAUUUACUCUAUGCGCAGGUCCAGUGGUGACAAUCAUCAGAUCAGUCAGAAAUAAUGUUUAAAAUGUGUGGAACAGAAAUAAGAGACUGACUGAACCUCCAACAAUAAAUAUCAAUGAAGAAAUCAUACGUCAGCAGGUCACAUGAUGAUAGCACGGCUAAAGCACCAAGCGUUAAAUAUUCUACUUUUUCUACAGCAUUAAAAAACGGAACAAUCUAUCAGAAGCUUUGAUUGUAAUUAACGUCUUUUUAAUUUCAACAUUUAACAGAGAAAGCACUUUUCAGAUAUGGAAUGAUAAUUAUUAUUUAAUAAUCAUUAUUUGUAGCAAAUGUAUGAACCAUGUCACUUUCUUUUCUCCUGUAUGUGUUUUUUGUUGACGUUUAAUUUCCAAUUAUUAAAUGUAUUAUACUUCUUUGCAUGUUUGCUGUUUUAAUAAAGACUGUAUUCAUAAAGUA